UUUCUCUCUCUUUCCCUCUCAGGCCAACAUCACUAUAGGUGGUGUUGCUCAAGCUGGCAUUUAACAACAGUCAUUCUGAGUCGUUCUUUUAUGAUUAUUUAAUACAAUAGAUAAUGCGAUAAACAUUGCAACGUAUCAUUACACUAACAGCUAUCAAUAUUGGAAGACAAUAUGGAAACGUCUGACAAAAGACAGGUCCCAACACCGUUGAGAAAAGUAUUGGCAGUGGAUACCUAUUUAACAGAUCAGCUUGUCAAAUUGGUGGAAAGGAGUUUACCUUUAAGACAAUUGAAAGUGCAUUAUAAACUAUUGGAGAUAUCAUGCCACGGCAUACCUUGGCUUGGAACAUCUCUCAUACUAAUUUGGGUUUUCAACAGCAAGAGUUUGUAUCAAAUGCAGGUUAACCUUCUGAUAGGACUGCUACUCGACAUCCUCUUAAUUUCUGUGCUCAAAGCAGUUACAAGAAGAAGACGACCAAAUAACAACACGAAUGACGAUCUAUUCGUAAUAGGUCCUGAUAAAUAUUCUUUUCCAUCUGGACAUGCGUCACGUGCUGCAUUUGUUGUAUAUUUCUUCCUCCAUCUGUGGCCAGUACCCUUAAUGUGCACACCACCUUUGCUAGCAUGGUCCUCUAGUGUGUGUAUGUCCAGAAUAUUAAUGAGAAGACAUCACAUAUUGGACGUAGUUUUUGGUGUACUUCUAGGUAUCUUCGAAGGUUUACUUAUAGGUUAUAUUUAUUUGGAGCAGGAGACGUGCAUUAGUUUAGUUUCCUGGAUUACGGAUGAAAAAGUACAUGGAGCUGAAUAAUAUUUGUGCAAUCACGAUUUAUGCUUGAAAAAUAUAUAAUGUAUUUUAUUAAUAUAUUGAACUAUUUUUACAUAUAAUUCUGUGAUUAGUGCCAUAUUUUUCAUGGGUAUUAAGACAAUGUAAAAUAAAAAAUAUCAAAGUCUGUCUAUAACUGUACAACUGCAAUCUAAAUUACAAAAUUAGUUUUGUAAAAUUAAUUUUGUAAGAUGUUUCUCAAAAAUAUUUAAUAUAUACCUUCAUAUACCGUU